GGCGCGGCUGGCGUCGGCCGGCAGAAACGCGGCUUAAAGGCGACGCGUGGCGCGAUGGCGGCCGGCGCGCUGCUGGCCGGGCUGCUGGCCGCGCUGCUGCCCCGGGGCCCGCCCGGCGCCGCCGCCUACUUCCCCGAGGAGCGCUGGAGCCCCGAGUCGCCGCUGCAGGCCCCGCGCGUCCUCAUCGCGCUGCUGGCGCGCAACUCGGCCCACGCGCUGCCGGCCACGCUGGGCGCACUGGAGAGGCUGCGGCACCCGCGGGAGCGCACGGCGCUGUGGGUGGCCACAGACCACAACGCGGACAACACGACGGCCGUGCUACGGGAGUGGCUGGUGGCCGUGCAGAGCUUGUACCACUCGGUGGAGUGGCGGCCAGCCGAGGAGCCCCGGUCCUACCCGGACGAGGAGGGCCCCAAGCAUUGGUCCGACUCCCGCUAUGAACACGUCAUGAAGUUACGCCAGGCGGCCCUCAAGUCGGCCCGGGACAUGUGGGCCGACUAUAUCCUGUAUGUGGACGCUGACAACCUGCUGCUGCACCCGGACACACUGAGCCUGCUCAUAGCUGAGAAUAAGACGGUGGUGGCCCCGAUGCUGGACUCGCGUGCUGCGUACUCCAACUUCUGGUGCGGGAUGACGUCCCAGGGCUACUACCGGCGCACGCCCGCCUACAUCCCCAUCCGCAAACGGGAGCGCCGCGGCUGCUUCGCCGUGCCCAUGGUGCACUCGACCUUCCUCGUGGACCUGCGCAAGGCCGCCUCGCGCCACCUGGCCUUCCACCCGCCGCACCCUGACUACACGUGGGCCUUCGACGACAUCAUCGUCUUCGCCUUCUCCUGCAAGCAGGCGGACGUGCAGAUGUAUGUGUGCAACAAGGAGGUGUAUGGCUUUCUGCCCGUGCCGCUGCGGGCGCACAGCUCCCUGCAGGACGAGGCCGAGAGCUUCAUGCACACGCAGCUGGAGGUGAUGGUGAAGCACCCCCCGGUGGAGCCCUCACGCUUCAUCUCCGUGCCCACCAAGAUGCCGGACAAGAUGGGCUUCGAUGAGGUCUUCAUGAUCAACCUGAAGCGGCGGCAGGACCGGCGGGAGCGCAUGCUGCGGGCGCUGCAGGAGCAGGGUAUUGAGUGCCAGCUGGUGGAGGCUGUGGACGGCAAGGCCAUGAACACAAGCCAGGUGGAGGCUCUGGGCAUCCAGAUGCUGCCGGGCUACAAGGACCCCUACCACGGCCGGCCACUCACCAAGGGCGAGCUGGGCUGCUUCCUGAGCCACUACAACAUCUGGAAGGAGGUGGUCGACCGCGGCCUGCAGAAGUCGCUGGUGUUCGAGGACGACCUGCGCUUCGAGAUCUUCUUUAAGAGGCGUCUGAUGAACCUCAUGCGGGACGUGGAGCGGGAAGGGCUGGACUGGGACCUCAUCUACGUGGGCCGGAAGCGCAUGCAGGUGGAGCAGCCCGAGAAGGCCGUGCCGCGCGUGCGGAACCUGGUGGAAGCCGACUACUCGUACUGGACGCUGGCCUACGUGCUGUCCCUGCAAGGCGCGCGCAAGCUGCUGGCCGCCCAGCCGCUGGCCAAGAUGCUGCCGGUGGACGAGUUCCUGCCGGUCAUGUUCGACAAGCACCCCGUGUCCGAGUACAAGGCCCACUUCUCCCCACGCACGCUGCGCGCCUUCUCCGUGGAGCCGCUGCUGGUCUACCCCACGCACUACACGGGCGACGACGGUUACGUGAGUGACACGGAGACCUCGGUGGUGUGGAACAAUGAGCAGAUCAAGACCGACUGGGACCGCGCCAAGUCCCAGAAGAUGCGGGAGCAGCAGGCGCUGAGCCGCGAGGCCAAGAACUCAGACGUGCUACAGUCCCCGCUGGACAGCGCCGCGCGCGACGAGCUCUGAGCGGCCCUGGGGUGGCCAGCCUCGUCCGGGCUGGCACCUGCCAUGCACUGGGCUGGCACAGCCUCCUCCGGGGAGGCGCCAGCCCGCGGAGCCUCACGCAGGGGCAUCCAGGCCAUCAGGGACACGGCCUGGUGCAGGGACUGCUUCCUCCGCCUGCACCUGCUCUCAGGCCCGGCUGGCCUCGGGCACCCUGGGGUCCGCGUGACCCGAGGGGGUUUCUGAUGAGACGGAGCGACCUGCACUC